AUGAUUUAUUCUCUCUUUGUUCAACUUCAUCUUCUUUCCCUUGUGCUUUCUUCUUUUCUCUUUUCUUUUCUUCGUCGUCUUCAUCUUUUGCUUUCUACAUCUGCUUUACUUUACGCUCUUUCUUCUCGUCCUUUUCUUAUUCAUUUCAUUUACCUUCUUCUUUUUCUUCUCCUUUUACUUCAUCUUUAUUCGCUUUUACCUCCUCCUCCUCCUCCUUCAUCUUCUUCUUCUUCUUCUUCUUUAUUCAUGACCCAACAUCUUUCUAUUUCUUCUUUGUCUUUAUUAACGUUUGGCUUUCUUUAUCUUAUUUAUGUUCUAUUUUUUUUAAUUCUUCAUUACAAUUUCUCUAUUUUUACCUUUGUCUUUCCUCUCUCCCUUAAACAUUCUUUUCCGUCUUGUUCUUUCUCUUCUCCUUCUAUUUUCUUCUUUACCUUUAACUCUGUUUUUCUUCAUCACCAUAAUCUUCGGCUUCGUUCAUCUUUAUUACGAUUGUAUGUGCAUUUUAGGCUUCCCUUGUCUUCUUCUUCAUUCGCUUUUUACCUUUUUCUUUUUUCCUUUUUCGCUUUUUACUUUUUCUUUUGUUUUUUAUCUUCUUUUUCAUCGUCUUUCACUUUUUAUCUUCUUUUUCUAAAUCUUCUGAUUUUUUACCUUCUGUUUUUUCUUCUUUGUUCCCUUAUACUUUAUCCUUCGUAA